AUGGAUAAUCUUUAUGAAAUUUUGCACUGUCGCUUUGGAGACUCAGUAGAAAGUCUUAAAAAGUCAUAUAUGUCUCUUGUUCGUUUGCACCACCCCGACAAAUUGCCCCAGCACAGUUCCUCUGACUCUGGGUUGGACUUUCAAAGAGAUAAUGUAAAUACAGAAAUGUUCAUUAAAAUUGACAGAGCUUGGAAAAUUUUAAGCAAUCCUCACCUUCGAGCUCAAUAUGAUGCAAAAUGGCAUGAACGUACACUUGUUCAAAAUCUACCAAUACAAGACACUGUGUUUUUCAAGGAUUUUGAAUUUGAUGAAACAGAAAAUAUGUAUAAAUAUACAUGCAGAUGUGGAAGUUAUUAUUUAUUAUCAAAUUCAGAAUCAGAGUUUCAUUUUGAUAUCAUCUGCUGUGACACAUGCUCUUUAACAAUUAAAGUUAACUAUGAAAACAAUAAAGUUCUUUCAGAAAACUGA